AUGGCAGCCUCGAAGGAAAAUAGCAUCUUCCCUUCCCAUCCCUACCAUAUCCCUGGCUAUGAGGGCUUCAUCCCUCAGUACAACUUCCAGUUCGGAGAGACCUUUGGCAGGACCACGAACCGCCUGCUGACCGACCCCACCAUUGCCCGGAGCCCCCGCACUCUGCUGGCGCCGCUGAGGAGGCAGAAGUUCAUUGAGGACUUCAGUGGGACGGAGCAUGGGGUCCAGGCUCACCUCCCCGGGCGCCCAGGGUACUUUCCCUAUGAGAGAGCUGGGGCUACAACGAGCUUUCCUGACCCAGUCCUCCAGCCCAGACUGCCCCGGCUGAGGCCAGAGCUGACAGAGGAAGAGCUGACCAUGAUGCAGAUGGACCCUGAGCCCCGGGACCACCCCGGCGAGACCAGGGUGGCUGACAAGAAGGUGUGGACCUGGUGGCGCCUGGGCAGGAAGCGCACCAGUAAGUGGGGUGGGCGUGGACGGGUGAUACUGCCACCACUGACCGAGCAGCCUGUGAGAACGGAAGGGGCCGAGGAGGAAGACACUUGGUUGCCGAAAACAGAUAUACCAAAUGUGAUCCAGCAGAAAGUCAUUACAGGGUACGCUGGAUUCAUCCCCCGCCUCACCUGGUUUCAUGGUGUGAACUACAUCCGGAGUGUGAAGGAAGCAAUGAAGGAAUUUGACCAACACCAGUUUAUGCUGAGGAACCCAUGUUGUAGCUUUGGCAAGAGAUAUCCCCAAAAUUACUGGCCUGCCAAUAGAAUUUACACCAGUGCUGGACUGAUACCUUCCUACAUGGGCUUUGUACCAGAGCUCCGGAACACCUAUGCGCUGACUUACGGAAACAGCACCCGAAAAGCCUACCAAAAGGAACAACAGAGACAAGCUUGUGCACUGUGA